UGCUGCUCCUUUCUAGAACACGCACAACAGUGGUGAACGAGAUAAACAAGUGCGCGCGCGUGUGUGUGUGUGUGUGUGUUUAGGAAUAGUGAGUGUGUGAGACAGUGCGAAGAAUUGUUCGUUCGUCCCCUCGUGCCCUGGGGCUGCAUUGACCGCAACGCAUCGCUCCGACGAAGUGUGAUAGAGGAGUGUGUGUGUGAGAGAGAGUGAGCAGUGUGCGAAAUCCGUGGUGCUGCUGCUGUACUAACCGGCCAUGGCGGCCAGCACCACCACCACCAGCACGGUGACACCCUCGUCGUCCUCGACCAGCGCCUCGGCAUCAUCGACGUCGGCCCGGCUGUCGGCCGAGCGGCUGACCAGCCUCGGGACCACCUCGGGCGGCCCCGGUACCCGGCGCCGCUACAUACGCAGCAACACUGCCAGCGUCACCCAGCUGUUGUCGGACAGUUGCAGCAGCAUACUGCAGCGAUUCCGCCGCAAUCCGAGCGAGAAGUUGGAGCAGCAUCAGCCACAGCACGGCCAGACGACGCAACAGAAGCGAUCGCAGUUUCGUGGCUUCAACGAGCUCACGACAUCCGCGUCGACCAGCUCGAUCCUCUCCCACGGAAGCGGCAGCGCGACGGCCACCUCCGACUAUGGCAGCCUCGGGUCGUCUACCGACUCGGUGCACCGGUCGCCAUAUCUGAGCAGCUUCAACAGUACGAUGAGCUCGUACUACAAGCCACUGUUUCGCACCUUCGGCAAACGCUUCGACUCACCGACGGCGUCCAGCGGGGCGUCCACCGCAUCCACGCACCAGCUGCACGCAUCGAGUAACAGCAGCAGCAGCGGCAGCAGCAGUAUCACGCGCAGCAGACGCGAAAGCACCACCGAGGACAAGGACAAGACGCCACUGGUGGUCCCGGGCAAGGCGUCCGGUGCGGCCAGCGGCAACAGCAGUACUGGUGGUGCCGGUACCGGCAGCACCAUCUCGCGCCUCGAGUCCAAGUACUCGGACAUCCUCGACCGGGUGCACCGGCGCAAGGAGCAGGAGGACAAGGAGAAAACGCUCGAACCACCGUCCGGCUCGGUGUACCAUCAGCAACAGCAGCAGCUGCCGCAAACACAGCGGCUGCUGAACCCGCUCAUGAAAAGCUCCACCACGGCCAGCAUCGUUCGGGACAAAUCGUACUCGAGCGCGAAGGAGCGCACGCCGUACAAGCUGCAGCUGCUGCUCGGGAGCAGCCGCUCGUCCAAGCUGUCCUCCGGCACGAGCUCCACCGGCGCGAUGGUGGACAGCCUGUACGAUCGGAACGGCCGCACGUACGGGGCGGCGGACCGUAGCUCCGGUCUGCGCACGUUCGGAGCGAAGGAAAGCAGCUACCAUCAGCACCAUCACCACCAGCAGCAGCAGCAGCAGCAGCACGGCGAGGGAGGCAAGGAGAACGUGUUCAAGUCGAAGUACGACCCGACCGAGCUGCUCUCGGAGGUGUCGGGCAUGCCGGGCAGCGGCGGCAAGUCGCGCCGCACGAUCAAACCGUACAAGCGCAGCGACACGACCGACAUGGGCCAUCUGCUGCACUCGCACCAGGCCCACCAGUACGGCCAGCCGUACGGCGACGGGUCGCUCGCGGACGGGUCCGCCUUCUCCGCGUCCGCGUCCAGCUUGACCACCAAGAAGGAGCGCCGCAAGAGCACGGCGGGCGGGGGCCGGUUCUUCGACGCGGACGGCAUCUGCACGGUGCCGCUGUCGAGCGACGACGACCGCGACUCGUCCGGUGCGGCCGACGCCACCGACAGCAAGGAUCCGCGGCAGCGGGAGCGUCAGAACAGGCGGCGGGAGAUCGAAAGCCUGCUGCAGAAGUACGCCCCGCUGGACGAUCCGGGUAGGCAGCAGCUGCUGCAGCAGCAGCCACCGCAGCAGCCGCGCCGAGAGCGCCGAUCGCACGCCACCGUUAAUCCGAGCACGACGGAACGGUCGCCCCGCCUCGAGGACGAUGUCGCGUCGCUGCUGCUCCAGUCCGGCACGGCGUACCAGCGACAGCGGACCUCCUCCUCCCACGUGCGCAUGUACUACCAGCAGCAGCACCAGCAACAGCAUCAGCAGCACCAGCAGCAGCAGCAACUGCAACAGCAACUUUACGGCACGGCCACCACCGGCACCGCUCUCGGGGGCGGGCUGCAGAAGUCGUACACCGUGCAGAACGUCGCCUCCCAUCUGCUGAACGGGGCCGGGCACCAGCUGCACCACCACUACGGUCAGCAGCUACCGUACGGGGGCGGGGCGUACCAUCACCAUGCCGCUCCGGUCGGUGGUUCGAUCCUGCCGAUCAACACGGGCGCCGCCCACGCGUACAACAGCCGCACGGCAGCCGCCCUAGCGGCCGGCGGCACCGGCCUCGUGCAGAACCAGCUGCGCGGUCCCCGAUCGCGCAUCCCCAAAGCGCUGUCCACCUUUAAACAACCAUUCAUCCGGGACGAUGCCGAUGGCCAUCUGAUCUACCAGAUCGGUGAUAUCCUCCAUAACAGAUAUAAAAUACUUGCCACCCUUGGCGAGGGUACGUUUGGACGCGUCGUCAAGGUGAAGGACUUGGAGCGCAACCACGUCAUGGCGCUGAAGAUCAUCAAGAACGUGGAGAAGUAUCGUGACGCGGCCGAGCUGGAAAUUGGUGCGCUGGAGAAGAUCAUGCAGCUCGAUCCCAACCUGGAGCACUUGUGCGUGAAAAUGCUAGACUGGUUCGACUACCACGGCCAUACGUGUAUCGCUUUCGAGAUGCUUGGGCUGAGUGUUUUCGACUUCCUGAAAGACAACAACUACGAGCCAUAUCCGAUCGAGCACGUGCGGCACAUCUCCUACCAGCUGUGCUACGCCGUCAAGUUCCUGCACGAGAGCCGCCUCACGCACACGGACCUGAAGCCGGAAAACAUACUGUUCGUCGACUCGGAGUACACCACCACGACGGUCCCACGCAAGAACCGCGAGGUGCGCCGCGUCAACUGUACCAAUAUCCGACUGAUCGAUUUUGGCAGCGCCACGUUUGACGACGAGCACCACAGCACCAUCGUCUCCACCCGGCACUAUCGCGCACCGGAAGUGAUCCUCGAGCUCGGCUGGUCGCAGCCCUGUGACGUUUGGUCGAUCGGCUGCAUCAUGUUCGAGCUGUACCAGGGCGUAACGCUCUUCCCAACGCACGACAAUCGCGAACAUCUGGCCAUGAUGGAACGGAUCCUGGGCACCAUCCCUUACCGCAUGGCAAGGCAAACACGGUCCAAGUACUUCCGCUAUGGCAAGCUGGACUGGGACGAGAAGUCUUCCACCGGGCGGUACGUGCGGGACAACUGCAAACCGCUCCAUCGAUGCGUCAUCACCGACAAGCCGGACCACCUGCAGCUGUUCGAUCUGAUACGCAAGAUGCUGGAAUACGAACCCUCCAAGCGCAUCACACUGGACAAGGCUCUGCGGCAUCCGUUCUUCGCGAAGCUUCCCGCACACCAGCGCCUGCACGAGAAAUUCAUUGUGAAGGCAACGGAUCCGCGGCACCCGGAACCGGGAAGCAAGCCGCGACCGCCAAUGCCACUCUCGCUGCUGCCCAUAAUGGCACGCUGGCAGAAGGGCAGCAUUGGCUCAAAGGCCUAGAACGCAGUGAGGGGAGGGAAGGGUAUAGAUAACUGAAACGUCCCCACGACCCACGACCCACCCACCCACAACACAAAACAACCGCGAGUACCGGAAGCGAAAACAGCAACAACAACAACGUCCCUUAUGAAACACAACACACGCACGUACACGCACAUGAUAUUAUGGUAUGGAGGGAUGGUUUCACGCUGUAUGGAGGGAUGGUGCAGAUCAAGCGUGAAAGCGAUUUCGUCGUGUUUCGUCGGUCACAAAACUGGAAGGCGGAUGAUAUACAGGGAAUGGAAAACAACUGCAUCAAAAAAAAAAAAAAAAAAAGCGCGCGUUAAUGUCGGAUAGCAAGCCGAUAGUAGUGUGGUGCCUGCCAAAUUCCAACACCCGUAACACAUCGCGUUCCUCAGCACGCACCGGCGAGGGAUGUAUACACCCUACUUGUUCCUAUUGUUUAAGAGGAUGUUUUUUUUUUGCUUGCUUGUAGAGAAAGGCUGUUAGAAAAGGUUUGUGCAAAGUUCGCCUAUCAUUUGUCUUCCCUAGACGUUUGUGUGUGUGUGUGUGUGUACGAGCGCGCACACACACAUACACCCAUGACUUCCGAGCACGGUCGUUAUCCUUUAUCCUUUGGGGCAUUAGUUAUAAUUAGCACACGUGCAUCGAGCUUUGAAAAAAAAGAAAUAAUGGAAUGCAUUAGGAGCAAGGCAGAGACAAAACACAGAAAAGCGCCAUAAGGAGGGACAUGCCCGUAGGAAACGCUCAAUUGAGGAAAACAGGUGAAAAACAAGAGGGUUAGUAAACUAUUGUGGGAUGUCACUCGCUACCGUUACGAUGAGGAAAGUGGUCGUACAAGCCGAGGUGUGCCAUGAAUUCCAUAGUGGUCCCAUCCGCAGCAUAAAUCGAUGAAAAGGAAAGCAUCGACAGAUCGUGGCGUGUUAAAUAUAUUACAUAGCGUUUUGCUUUCGGGGUUUGCUUUUCCGUUUGAAAUUCUCCAUGCUUUGCCUAGCUUGGUAUUUUCCUUUCUUUUUUUUUUUUUUUUGUUAAACAAUUUGUUUCUCACUCUUCCCUUACCCUAAACCGUUUGGAGAUCGGUUUACCCUAACGGCAACGGGACAAAGUGUAGAUAGAGCGGUCCGUUUUUUUUUGUCACCAAAAGUCUAAACGUUUGGGAUACAUUAGCAAUCAAAGCGAAGAAAAGCAAACGAAAAGCAAGUUGCCCGAACAGAUGGCGCUAAUGUACGGGCGGCAAGUGUGUGAUCAUCAACAGUGUAACCAUGUAUAGCAACAUAUUUGUAGGAAAAAGGAGGGUUUCAGAUUUCUGUGUUUUUUUUUUCAUCUUUUUGUUCCCCGCAACAAACGGAAAAAAAGCAAAUAGCAAAAGCUCUUAUUGUAUUCGCGCGACUCCGGCGGGAGGCACAGGGCCCGAUACAUCGGCUGCAGGAAAAGGGGUUUUGCUUUCCCCCAUUGCUCUGUGAAUGAAUUUGUCGACGAGUCUCUUAUGUUCUUAUUAGCAUUAGAAGUGCGGAGUGCGCAAGCCGCCCCGCUCGCCCCUCUCCGCGCGGGGGGGGGGGAACACUCCCAACUCCCAGCUGGCGUGAAAGGUGCAAAAUGCGACGCAAGCAUCGCAAGCGCUGCGAUGUACAGAGUAGUAGGGAGACUAGAUAAAGCAAAUGUGUUUAUAUAGGGAAAAAAAACAAACAAACGUGUAAAACACCCCUCACCCUCUUCCCCUUAAUCAACCCCUCCCCCCCAUCCCCCUUUACUCACCGAACAAAGAUCUCUCCUAAUCACGCCUCACGUCGUGUUGUGGCAGCACUGUACAAGGUGCAACGAAAUUCUAUUACUGUUGCCGACAAAAGGAGCAAAACAGAGGAAAGGAGGCGAAGAAGAAAAUGUGUUAUUUUGCAAAGCGGGGAAGUGUAACGGAAGGUUCUGAAGCAAGGGGAGGAGGGGUGAGAGAGGGGGUAGGGCAGUAUAUGUGACAAAAACAAACAAAGGACAAAAAGAAGAGCGAACAUUAAGAAAACGAUGCAACAAGUCCAAUUUCUAGUGAUUGUUUAGGCAAAUAAGAGAGAAAGAGAGAGAGAGAGUUAGAGGGGUCAACCGCAAAACAAAUGGGAAAUGUGAGUGAUUUUGAACAUGUUCGUUUAGUAAAGACUUAUUUAAUAAAAAAAAAUAUUAAGAAAAGAAAUUUA